UGUUUACAAUUUAGUUAUUUUGAGAAUCAUGUCGAGAUCACCAUGCUACAGUCCGGAUUUUAAUAUUAUGGAUCCUAACAGAACUUCGUCAUUGAAUAACGAUUCGGAGGGAAUAAAUUUACAAAACAUGAUGGACGACAUCAAUGAUCCUAUAACUCAUCCUUUUAAUUUUGCCCAAGAUAGGGAGAGUUGGUAUGCUGAAGUAGCAGCAGCAGCACAAGAGGAAUAUCGUCUUGAAAAAGCAAAGAGACAAACAUUAAAGAAGAGGAAAGUUAAAUCAAAAUCUUUGAAAACUAAAUCUUUUAUCAUGCGUAAAGAAUCGGAUCGUGCGCAACGCGUAAUAAAAAUUAUAAUUUAUGACUUGGACGGUGGCAAUAUGGAUGAAAUAUCAUCUAAUCCUGAAGAUGCAAGUGUGAAUGUGCAGUAUUUAGUGACUAGUGAAUAUGAUGAUAUUAUGACUGAAACUGAAUAUUUAGUUGGUAAAAUUGUAAAGAAAUUAAGCAAAUAGAUGUGUAUGUUUAGUUGUAGAUAAAGAAUAAGACUUUUUGUUUAUUAGCUUGUAAAUAAUACUUUACAAUGUACAUUUUAAUUUGUAAUUAAAAUAAUAGCCCUAAGUUUAGUAUAGUAGUUCACUUUUUAGUAGUACAGAAAUAGUUUGUUAUUUAGUUUUAUUAAUAGUUUAUUUUUUAGUACUUAGUGACUGGUCCCUUUGUAUAUUUAUUGUGAAAAUUAAAAUAAAUUAUUUAAUUAUACUUGUUUAAUUAUUCAGUUAAAUCGAAAUAAAAGUUGUCCUAAUGACUGAUUUCGGCCACAGCGGCUAGAGCCACUAAACAAGGUGCAGUCUCUGUUCUCUUACUCUCACAGCCCCAAUCUGACGGCCGGAGAGAGAUCAGGCCCAUGACCCAAAUUUUUACUUACUUUCCAAAACACUGAAACUGUGAUAUUUAUUUUAUAAAAUAAACAGAACACUCGAAAAGUCAGCGUGUGCCUUGGAUUCGAAAUCGAAACCUUCGACAGUUCCACGGUCUCACCACUAGGAUAUCACAGCUUCUAUAUUCGAGAUAAAUAGGUAUGUAUCAAUAACAAUUAAACACAAAUCAGUUGAAUACAAAAUAUUUAUUUCAUUUCAAAAAUAAAAAAUACAUUAUGACUUAAUUUUAU